CAAUCAACAGUAUUUGCUUAUCAUUAUUAAAGGCGUGUGUUUUAGAAGUGCUUUUAGUAUAAAAUAUAGUGGAAAGUGAUAAAAAUAAUGGCCUGCUUGGAUAAAACCACGAUGGCAGUAUCAGUGCAGAAAAUAACGGAGCCGCUGCUGAUCGGCGAAGGUCCGCAUUGGGACGAGGAUACACAAGCUCUCUACUUCGUCGGCACAAAUGAACAGACUAUACACAAAUGGGUGCUAGAAACCGGCGUUCAUACAAAAACCAUGUUACAUGGCCGCGUGGGUUUUAUAAUCCCAGUAGAGGGCGUCGCGAAUCAAUUCGUAGUCGGCGUUGAACAUAAAUUCUUGAUAAUAUACUGGGACGGUGAAGAAGGCAGUGAUGUUGAUAUUAUUAAAGAAUUAGGUGAAAUAGAUCAGGACGCACCAAAUACUUUCCUUAAUGAUGGCAAAGCUGAUCCGAGAGGCAGACUGUUUGCAGGUACAAUGUGUGAUAUGGGCCCCGGCGUAGAAUUUAUACCCGAAAAGGGUGCGUUCUACCGCUUAGAUGACAGAGGGAUCACUCAAUUGUGUGACAAGAUCACAAUCUCUAACGGUCUCGCCUGGGACCUUCAGGAGAAGGCUUUCUAUUACAUAAAUACUGUAGAAAAUAAGAUCAGGCGAUACGAUUAUGAUGUAGAAACCGGAGAGAUUUCUAAUCAAAGGCACAUAUUUGACUGUAAGAAGAACAAAAUGACCGGUGGUCCUGAUGGAAUGACAAUAGACACGGAAGGUUAUUUAUGGGUCGCUUUAUUCAAUGGGUCAGCCGUCAUUAAAGUUGAUCCGAAAAUUGGCACCGUCGUGAACAAAGUGGCCAUCCCAGCUGAGCAGGUCACUUCUGUUACCUUCGGAGGACCUAACUUAGACAUCCUGUUUGUUACCACGGCUAGUUUUAAUCUAGUUACAGAACAGAAACCGCCUUGUGGCGCCACAUUUAUGGUGACAGGUUUAGGCGCCAAAGGACAUCCUAAUGUCAAAUUUAAAUUGCGCUAAAAGUGUAAUUAGCUUUUUAUAUUGAUUUUAAGCGAGCUUAAAUGAUUGUUUAAGUUAUAGAUUGCUUGACGUAUGUAAUAUAUUUUAAAACUUU